AAAUAUAUGUAGAAAAUAAUGAUGAUGAUGAUGGCAAUAGGUUAACAAUAAUAAUUUUUUAAAAUUAAAAUCCCGUUGCAACGCACGGACAAUAGCUAGCCCAGUGUAAAUAUUUCAACAGACUUUUAAAAAAGUUUUUAUUGUUUGACUUAAAACGUAACAUGUGUAGAACAGCCUUUAGCUGUCAACCAAACAAAGACAGAGUAUUCAAAGAUGACAAUAUGAACAGAGCUAAGCUAACAGCAGCCUCAGGUCCAAGCAGCAGAAAAAACAGUAGCAUCAUACUAUCAGUAAAUAAUUAAACUAGACUUAACCCUUCCUUCCAAAUUAAGUUGUGUUUUUGUGGGUCCCUUGAAGCCUUUCCUUCCCUUAAAUACCUCCUCUGCCUCCCCCCCCAAUCCUACUCAUUCCAUUCCAUCAACCCCUUCGCUAGUUUAGCCAAUUAAGCUAAUCAGCCCCUCGAAACCUCACAAAAUUAACAACCAGUCCCUUCUCCGAUCCGUUAGCCUUCGUUUUUCUCUUUAGUGUGUGUGUGUUGCGUUUUUGCAAAUACACCCCUGAGUAUUAUUAUUAUUGGGUAAAAUUGAUGGAUCUCGCGACGACGCCGGCGCGGCGGCCCAUGGAGGCCGGGAUGGCGCGGCGGCUGUGGCACGUCGUCCUCGCCGUGUGCCACAUGCUCCGGCGAGGCCUCUGCCGGAAGCGCCUCAUGGUGGACCUCCACGUCCUCCUCGGCCGCGGCAAGCUCGCCGGCAAGGCGCUCCGCGGCCUCCUCGCCCACCACGCCGCCGCGGGGCACGGCCACCACCUCGCGGCGUCGUCGUCGUCGUCCGCCGCGCUGGCGUCGUUCUACGGCCGCCGCCCGCGGGAGGUGGAGUUCAGCUGCACCACCACGCCGUCGUCGUACCCGCACUACGGGCUGUUCCCCUUCAAGAGCCGCGGCGGCGGCGGUGGCCGCCGCGGCGGCGGAGGCGGCGGCGAGUAUGGCGGCCUCGACGCGGCGGCGGUGGCGCGGGCGUUCGAGAUGAUGAGCGCCGAGGUGGAAGGCACGCCGUCGUCGUCGGCGGCGGCGGUGCAGGGCGGCGGCGGCGGCGGCUGGGCCACCGCGACUCCGUCGCCGAUGGUGGCGUGGAUCCUGGGGCGAAGCCCCGCCGGUGUCCGGCCGCUCCGCGUCACCGACUCGCCGUUCCCCGCCGUGCCGGAGAACGGCGGCGGCGGCGGCGGCGAGCAGCGCGUGGACGACGCCGAGUUCGAGGACUUCAUCAACAAGUUCUACGAGCAGCUGCGGAUGCAGCCGUCCGCCGCCACGCCGGACUGCCAGCUGCGCCGCCGCGGCAGGUAGCCGGCCGGCGGCGGCCGUGCUCCCUAGCUAGCUCGAUAUACCACCGCUGGCGUUGCUGCGGCGGCGCCGUCGCCGGCGCCGCCAAGCUCUAGCAUGCGCGCGGCGGCGACGUGGCGUGAGCUUGUACGUUCGAUUGUGUUGUUGCAUGCAUGCAUGGGGCGAUGGCGAUGCGGAUGCAGCGGAGGAUUCUACAUACUUGGCAGCGUAUACGAGCGUUCGUACGUACAUACGUGCGUACACGAAUUAAAUUGUUAUUAUACCAUGAUAUUGGUGUCUGGCUACAUGGGGAGUAUUUUUCAUGCAUUUGUAUCAAAUUUGAGAUCGUUUUCGUCGCCAAACGAGUUUUAAUUAGUUCGUGGAGCAAUUAGUUUAAGAGAGUAUCUACUUUUUGGCCCCAUAUAUAUUUUAUAUAGAAAACUAUCAAGUCGUUUUUACAUUA